GAGAGAGAGAGAGAGAGAGGAGGGGACAGCGAGAUGGGGGACGAGCGGGUAAGAUAGAGUGAGCCAGCGGACGAGGUAAAACCAGGGCCUGCUCUAGACCCUGCAAACUUUAUAGGUUAUCAGAAGGUAAAGCCGACCGCAUCUUUGCCAGCUGACAGCCGCAUUUUAUGGAGCAGCGACAUAUCGGAUGUCUUUCUCGCUGGCAGUGUCUGCAGUAAACAUCUGAAGCCCAUCUUCCUCCUCCUCUACAUCCAACAUGUCCCAGCUGCUCCAUGUGGAGAUCCCCAAUUUUGGAGCCACGGUGCUGGGUUCCCUUAAUGAGCAGCGCCUGCUGGGACACUACUGUGAUGUAUCCAUCCUGGUCAAAGGCCAGGCCUUCAAAGCCCACCGAGCAGUCUUGGCUGCCAGCAGCCUCUACUUCCGUGACCUCUUCAGCAGUUCCACCAAGACCCAAUUUGAGCUGCCCUCCUCAGUCACACCUGCCUGCUUUGAGCAGAUCCUCACCUUCUGCUAUACAGGGAAGCUAACAAUGGCAGCUAGCGAACAGCUGGUGGUCAUGUACACAGCUGGCUACCUCCAAAUUCAACAUAUAGUUGAGCGAGGCAUGGACCUGAUGUUUAAGGCGAAUUCACCUCACUGUGACUCGCAAACAGCAGGGUCCUUAGAGGAGACGGGAUCUGAGCCACAGAGCCCGAGUAAUAAUGGAAACGGUCUUGCAGCAGCUGCCCUUUUGGGUACCCCGGGCUGGUCCCCAUCAUUAGUCAUGCCACAACGUAAGAUCAAACUAGAGGGGUCUGACCCAGCACCCCUGGCAGUACCCAUGGGGACACAAAACAAGAGCUCUUCUGCAGAUUUAGGGAGUCGGCUGGCAAGAGCCAGUUCACUGUUCUACACGACGGCCGGAGGGACCACCAUCUUCCCCGGGAUGCCCCCUUACCACCUUCCGGGGGCGGGCGGAGCAGGAGCAGGUGCAGCAGCCGAGAGGUCCAGUCCUGGAGCAUCAAGUUUGCCCACCACUGACAGUCCUACAUCGUACCAGAAUGAGGAUGAGGAGUUUGACGAAGAGCCCUAUGAUGGGAUCGCAGAGGACGCCUACAGUCAGCUCUAUGGACGUUCAGCUAACCCCUAUGGGAUCCAGGACAAACCAGAGAUGGCAGCAGUGCCCUUGGCCUUGGAGAACCGCAACUGUGUUCUGAUCCGCCGGGACCUGGUGGCGCUGCCUGCCAGCCUCAUCAGCCAGAUCGGCUACCGCUGCCACCCUAAGCUCUACACCGAGGGAGACCCUGGGGAGAAGCUGGAACUGGUGGCUGGUACACAGGUGUUCAUGACUCGAGGCCAGCUGAUGAACUGUCAUCUGUGUGCCGGCAUCAAACACAAAGUUUUGCUCCGUCGUCUACUAGCCACAUUCUUUGACAGAAACACCUUAGCCAAUAGCUGUGGGACAGGAAUCCGUUCUUCUACUAGUGACCCCAGUAGGAAACCCCUGGACAGCAGGGUCCUCAACGCUGUCAAACUCUACUGUCAGAAUUUCAACCCUAACUUCAAGGAGAGUGAAAUGAAUGUCAUUGCUGCAGACAUGUGCACAAAUGCGAGACGUGUUCGCAAGCGGUGGUUGCCCAAGAUCAAGUCCAUGCUGCCUGAUGGCAUGGAGGUGUACCGUGCAGGAAUGGGCAUGGGAGCUGCUGUGGGCCUGGGCCUGGCCUUGGGGGCCCCCCAGCAAGGAGUACCACUCCCCUUUGAGCCUGACUUCAAGACCUUAGAGCAAAGGUUGUAUCCAGAUCGCAAGGACCCACUCAGGACUCACCCACUACUACCUGAAGGCAGCCCAGGGUCCGGAGCGGCGGGAGCAGAGGCUGCUGAAGGUGAAGGUGUAGUCCAGGAGGAGCAGGAGGAAGAUGAGGAUGAAGCAGGGUUAGAAGGUGUGGAUGGAUCACUUGGGGCGCCAACUUUGAUCCCAGGAGCCGAGGCAGGUGGGCGUGGCGACACGCCGCCUGAACAGGAGGGGGAAAGUUUUGGAGAAGCCCUUCGGGUGAAUGGACAAUGAACGUCCUUUUGGGCUGCCUCUCACAUUGUGAAAUCUGUUUAACACCACACGUUCUUUUGCUUGCUCUCUUACUUUGUCUCUCCUCCUCCACUCUUUCACCUUCUCUGUGCUUCCUCAACGGGAACUGUUGAGCACAAAAAGCUACGCUUGCAGAACAUGUAAUGCAGUACUUUGUUAGACAUGCAUGCGCACACAUGCGUGCUUGUGCACACACAUACUCACACAACACUGAUUGUUUUUCAAUAGAAACCGAGUAGACACAGGCAUGGUGCUAAUACGUUCAGAAAAUAAAUCCUUCCUGCUCCACCCUUUUCAUAACAUAGUCAGUAUUUACUCGACCACAGCAAUAUUACAGUGAGCUUAUAGCAGAACAAAUUCUGCAAUGAUCUAUGUUUCAGUGCAACACAAAACAACAGUUGCUUUGCAGAUACUCUUUAGAGUCUUGUUUAGAUAAAAUUUUCUAAAAUGAAAUACCAUUUUCUUGAAAAGCGGCUUUGUAAAAUAACAUUUGGAUAAACAGAUCAUUCUGUUGCAGACUGAACUGAGGCCACUAAUAAGCACAUUUGGCAGUGUUUGACCGCUUUAGGUCAAGCUAUUGUUUAAGUUAAUUAUUUUGUGUACUUAAAUAUAUGUUCAACUACAUUUCAGUCUUUCACAAACUCCAGGUUUCCACCCUGUGGAUUUGUGAAAGGCUGAAAUGUAGUUGAAAAUUAAUGAUAACAAAAUAUUUUGGUAUAGCAAUGGGUGAAGCAUAAGUCCUCCACCCAGCUCAUUGAGGACUUAAGUAUCUAGGUCUCUAGGUUUGCAAUCGACUCUUAGGUUAGUGCUGCAAAUUGUGUGGCAAGUAACAAUUCAAAGACGACCCACAAUGCUCUUUAGGCAGGUCUAAGCAAUCUCUCUCUCAAAAAAAAAAAAAAAAAAAAAAAUUCUGGGUGGUACCAGUCAAAUUUCAAUUUCACAGAAAGGUAUAGUACAAUUAGAACAAACCUAUGCUUAAUUAAUGGAACAUUUUUCUAUUCUUUUAAAUGAAGCAUGUGAUUUUAAUGACAGAGAUGAUGAACUCAACUUGUUGCAUAUGGUUACGGGUUUUCUACGCAAUCCAACCAAGGAUCUAGAAGACAUGAAGGAGCUGUUUGUCUGUGGAUAUUUACCCAUGACAUUCUAGAUUAGAUUGCCAAUGUGAUGCCUGUGUCUGCUCAGAUAUAGACGCGCACACACACACACCCUCACACACACACACACACACACACACACACACACACACACACACACACAUGCACACACACACAGGUCACACACAGACACGUGCACAUUUUCCACCUUGUGAUCUUCGCCUUUAAUAUCUGUACCAAUGUAUUCAGAAACUCUGUACAAGCAGAAUAACAAGGCUUUUUUAACUCUUCAGCAUCUUACUACAGUAGAACCUUCACUCUUGGAGAGAUAAAGAUGCCAGAGAUGUGAACAAAAAACAUGCACUAAUACAGAGCUUGCAUGCAUGAAUACAGAGAAUGGAUACAGAUAAUUAUAGACAAACAGCAGAGCCACAAAAACCUGCAUCCAGAUAAGAAAACAGCUACCGUUGCCUCAAGAUAUGCCAUUAAUGCGCAAAAGGAAUGAGGGACUUUUUUUUCCACUUCUCAUUGGGAUCCGACCUCAGUCUGAAUGCAGGUUAACUCCAGACUGACUUCGCUCUGACCUAGGUUUGACCCAGGAAUGACUGUGUCUGACACAUUAAUGAUCAGGUUCUUAGGCUGGAGUGCGCUGUCGCCUCGGGCGCAGGAGACUCAAGAUACAGAAUGGUGAGAGGAAGCGCACUACAUAGUAUGGUAGAAGAAUAGUGCACUACUGUACAAAGUGUGACGCCAGAGAGAAGCACUGUUUCACCUUGAUGCAGUGGAGUGAUUGGCACUAAGACUACAUAGUACUGCUUCCAUCCUCUGACCUGUUUUUUUUUUUUGUUUGUUUUUUUUUUAGGGUUUUUUUUUUUGUAAAUUAUUAAAUGAAACUAAUAAGAGCAAUUUCUGCUGGCUUAUUGCAUUUGCACUUGAAAAAUAUUAUGGGGUGGGAAACUAAGAAGUUUGGCAAGAUGUGACUGUACUUAAGAUUGACUGAAAUCCCCUCUCCCCCGUAUACAUCUCCCUGAUGAAUUCUGUGAUUAGAGGAUUGUGCCGUUGGACAAAGUGACAAAACGGUCUUUAUGACGAUGACUGUUCCUAUAUUUUCGGGCGGAGUGACGAAAUGUUGCACAGGGACUUAAAUGUGUUUUUGUUGUACUCUUUUUUUUUUUUCUUUUUUUUUUUUAAAUAUCUGUUUUCAUGCUUUCUGCCACGCUUUGGGAUGUAGUCCAGACAGCUUUCGUUUUGUUUUACACAUUGAUUUCAAAAGAUACAGAUACACUGUCGUAAGUCCAAGUUUGUCCACGUUCUCCUGAUCAGUAGUCAAAGCUUCACAUGUAAUCGCAAGAUCAGCCCAUCAAUUUAAGUGUCCACAAGAGAUGAAUGAUCCACCCCCCGGUUAAUUUCAAGACACCGUCAGUUUGCAAAGCUUAGCUAUUUAUGAUAUGGUUGAAAGAUGGAAAUAUAUUAUGUUUAUGUUUGCUCUGGAAAAAAAACAACACAAAAGCAACAAAAAAAAAAAAAAAAAAACACCUGUGACAUAUGGUAUAACAGGUUUUGCUGUUGAAAAAACAUUGUAGCAUAAACUAACAGCAAAGCAGAAAUAUAUAUAUAUAUGUAUAUAUAUAUAUAUAUAUGUAUAUAUAUAUAUAUAUAUAUAUAUAUAUGCGCGCCCCAUGUCAAAUUAGAGCACUUUGUUUAUGCUUUAAUGCUGUGCCAUUUGAAAGGUCGGGCCAGUUGUGUCUGUAUUCUACUCAUCUUGUUUGUGGUUCUUUGGGGGAAGCUUUAAAAUGGCCCUGCACAAAGAGCACAGGGCUAUAAUUGCACUAGGUAACGAUUAAAAAGAAAAGUUUACAGUAUUCUUUCUUUUUUUUUUUUUUUUUUUUUAAGAAAUGUGAUCUGCCAUAGAAAACAGGGCUAUGGGAGAAUGAGAUAAUAGAUGAAUGUAAACUGUAGCACUGCUUUGGCUAGGGGGUCCAAGCCUUGAUUGAAGAUGAUAAAAUACUGAAUCUCCUUUUUUUAUAUGACACACAUUUUCUUUCCACAGUUGUACAGUAUCUUCACAUCCAAACGGCCCAUUAAAUAACACUUAUGUGAUGGUGAGGCUGGGUGAUGCUUUAACCUGGAGCUGUAGUGAUGUAGUGAUUUUCAAAAUGUUGAUGUUAAUCGGUCUUCCAGUUUGACAGAACACGAGGGGAGGAGUGAUUCCCUAAUAAAUAUAAAAAACUGAACUAGGUUCAUGUGCAGGCCUUUAUGAUCUUCCUGAUCAUAUUCUGUCUAUAUUCCAACAAGCACUUAUUUUUUUUUUAUUUUUAUUUUUUUUUAACUAUCCUGACAAUUUUCUAUCCUCUGCUUAACAUUGCAUUAACAUGUAAUUGUUGUGUGUGUUGGGAAACAUACUUAGGAGAGAGAUACUGUAUACUUUAUGAUUUAGUAAAUUAUUAUUUACUCACGGUUAAACUUCAUUUCACAAAGUGGCUUCUGAGCCACGAUUGUAAUUCCCUUCUUAUAAAUUUUGACAUCGGAGAGGAUGCAAUCGACCAUACUCUUGAAAAAAUUGUGCAAUCAUCAUCAGGUAACAAUCUUUUUCCCAAAAUGUAUUACAGCAUUUUGGAUCAAAACAUUUCAGUUGCACAUUUUCCCUCUUAAUUUAGUUAACAAAUAAAAUGUUUUACAUUGCAUUUGGCUGAAAUGCAAUCUGAAAAUUCAAUUUCAGUUUACAACUCUGCUAGACUGUACAGUUUUCUCUCUUCUUAUUCUCACUUUAAAAAAAUAUACCCCAGCAUUUUUACUCAACUCUGUUUUAUGACAUGAUGAAUUUACGUGGCCACUAGUUGAUCAGACAGGAAUCUGAAAUAAACUCCCAGUUAAAAUUGAAUAAUAUAUGGUGGGAAGCAUUGGUAUGUACCAUAAUAGGGAGAAAUGUGGUGUGGAUCAGUGCCUUAGACUAUGUGGGUGUGGAUGUUGUAAUAUAACGUCAUCGGUUCAUGUUCAGACAUUAACAAGGCAAAUGACCUAUAGCUGUAGAAGUCAGACAAUGAUCGAAGUGUUUCCUCUAUUAUGCUAAAAAUGUGGCCGCAUGGCUGGCAUUUAUGUCAUAUUAUAUUCACUUAUUUUCUUAAAAAGGUUUAUUGACUUUUUGUUUGUCAUCAUUUCAUUUCUGUAAACCACGAGAGGAGAAACUUUAACAUAUCCUGGAUUGAAGUAAUUGAAAGUUAAAAGUACUCAUGAUACAUUUGUGGCUUGUCAACAAGAAUAAAUUGGAUCCUCUGGAUUGACAUGUUUUGAUGGGCCAGAAAUUUGACAGACCAGCUCACAAAGUUGUUUAAACAAAACCAAAAGUGGUUUAUGAAUCAAGUUUUACUAGUUGAAUGAUGUAGGUUUCUUUAACAGUGAUCAUCCAGUAGCUGAGAAGCCGAUAUUGUACCUUCUUGGAUGUGUUCAUUACCUUUAUCAGUAUCAUUAGGAUGAGGCCUUCAGGAGGCUUCUGUUGUGAAAUAAUCUCUUACACAUAAAACCCUUUUUUUAAAUACAUAUUCCUGGUUGCAUUGAUCUUUUUAACUCAUUUAAACCAGCUUGUUACUAUUUGUCUGCCUUACUGCAUAGUCUGCCUGAGUCUGUCCCAGCCAAAUAAUGCCAACCUUCUUAUCAAAAAAAAAAAAAAAAAAAAAAAAAAAUGUUUUCUUGCUUCUCUCCUGCUUGUGGUUUAUUUUCUUACACAGAGUAAAUUUGAAAUAAUGAAUGAUGUUGCACUAAAAACUGAGUAAUCCUCAGAGAAUGUCAUGGCGAACCCUAAAGACAAUGAGCUCUAUUUGCUGAACGAAAAUGUCCUGUAAUAUGCGUUUAACGUUGUGUACUAAUUUACGAUGUUUAUUUGAUUUAAACUGAGGUCUCCUCUACAGCAAAAAGCAGAAAACUGUCGACUGUAGUAAUAAUCACAAAUCAACUGAGCGCCUAAUGAGAUGGAGGAACGAUGAGAUUUGUUGGGAUUGUGUGAUAUUUUGUUGGUUUAACAGAUCCUAUUUUCACAACUGUUUUUUUUACCCUGUUUCUAACCCCUGACACAUUGCUCUGGUCAACCCCAACUGCUGCACAUGUAAUUGUUUUCAGGCCUGCAAGAGGAAUUUAAAAUGUCGGCCCUCAGAUGUGGGUUUAUAAUACGGUCCAGUGUUCUAUAAAAUUGCAGAUCUUAUGAUCCUUUAAAGGGUUGGUCCUAGAAACUGUUAACUUGUGCUCAAAGAGACACCUGUAUCAUAAGUUGCAUGCCAUUCAGACACUCAUCAUUCUAACCCAGUGUACCCUACAGUAUGAUCUUUGCACACCAUGUAUUUUUGCAGAAUAACAUCGUAGUACAGAGUCCUGCAAUGGCUAGGUUUGCAUUUUUUUUUUUUUUUUUAUCACACACUUGGGCCCUUUAUUGAAUGUUUGCAUCAACUUAUUGUAUUAACAACAGCGAAGUCGUGACUAAGAGAGGAGCACAUAAGACCACCUAUUCAGCUGAGUGUGCGUUCGAACUUUUAAGCAGACUCAGAAAAAAAAAAUGCACUAAAAGUUUGUUUGUGUAUGUGUCUUUGAACAUAAUGCCAGCACUUUAAAUUACUUUGAAAAAUGAAAUGUCAAGAGUGACUGAAGGUUAGGCAUAAAUGGGGGGGUGGGGGUGGGGGGGCAACCUUCAAAAGCCAUGUGCUCAGAGCGCUGACAAUCAGAAUAGGGAUGAGACCCAAAGUGCACUAUGGGAGAUCUGUCAUGAAUUGCUGUGCUCCUGCUAACUGCCUUGUCAUCCUUCAGCUUGCUAUUGGUCUUUGCUCGCUUUCUAUUCCAGAAUUGGAGGUACAUGGUGGUGUGAAGUCACACCGCCUUGGUUAUAAGUGUAUGUCUCUGCAACGAGGACUGACUGAUAUCUGACUGAUACCUUGGUGCUUCAUGAACAGAUGUGUCCCAUGUUGACAUGGGCUAUAUCUGUAAUGCUCUGGUUAGCAUGGACCCAACCUGGUCCUGAGUCUGGGGUUAAUGGUGAUGUCUCUGUGGACUUGAGUCCUUACUAAAAAAAAAAAAAAAAAAAAAAAAAAAGAGGAUCUUAACCAUUCAACCUUCUAUUUUGAUCAUAAUACUGAUAUUAUUAACGAUAAACAGGGCUUGGACCAGGCAAACUGGAAUGGAAUGAUUUCAAUGUUGCGACUGCUUUCUGUUUUUGGAAGAAAGAUGUUAAAAUGUUUAUGCGCCUUCUGACUUAAGCAUCGAUAAUAUAUACAAGAGAAAUGCAAGUUGACACUUUUGAUGUUGCAUAACGAUCUUAAAAGUAACCUUCAUUCCCAUCAUGGUAUUUCCCAUCACAUUUUCAAUUGUUCAAGAGUAACCAAUUUCUUUAAAGAUGCAAUACAGAAAAGUCUGCUUUCUAAUAAAAGUCCUUAUUUCACCAU